AUGUUCCAGCACAGCAGCCACAAGAAGUGCUUCACCAUCGAGUCCCUGGUCGGGAAGGAGGCGGGCGGCCACGGCGGCUGCCCCGGGGACGAGCCCAUCCGGCCCACGGCGCUCCGCUUCCCGGAGUCCCUGCACCCCGCGGCCGGGAUCUUCGGCUCCUGCUUCCAGGGGGGCGGCGGACGGACUUUGUACUCGUCCGGGCCGGACAUGGUGCUCCAGGAGCCCGGGCCGCACACGCAGAGCCCCGGUGGUCUGCCGCUGCACCCGCUGCAGAUCCCCCCGCAGAGCUUCUUCAGCCCGCAGCACCGGGACGCGCUGAGCUUCUACCCCUGGGUCCUGAGGAGCCGCUACCUGGGCCACCGCUUCCAAGGGGACGACAGCAGUCCAGAGAACCUGCUGCUCCACGGUCCGUUCUCCAGGAAACCCAAACGCAUCCGGACGGCCUUCUCUCCGUCGCAGCUGCUGCGUCUGGAGCGAGCCUUCGAGAAGAACCACUACGUGGUCGGAGCCGAGAGGAAGCAGCUGGCCAGCGGCCUGUGCCUCACCGAGACGCAGGUGAAGGUGUGGUUCCAGAACCGCCGGACGAAGCACAAGCGUCAGAAGCUGGAGGAGGAGUCUCCAGAGGCGCUGCUGAAGAGGAAGGGCAGUCAACACGUCAGCCGCUGGAGAGCCGCCACGCAGCAAGGGGGCGCCGGCGAGGACGUGGACGUGCUCAGCGAGGACUAG